AAAGACAAAGAAAGGGGUGCGGCAAGUGGCAGGCGCCCGAGGGAGGAGAGUGACCUCAGCGUCAGAGAGGCAUCUGCUCCUCGUCAGAGCAGGGGCGGACGGCGCUGGAGGAGCCCCUUCUCUCCCUCUCCCUGUCCUAGCUUCAGCUCUCUGCACGGCGGUGGCCAGCCAGGGGGCUGUCCUGGGCGUAAAUUUGAGCUCUGGGCUCCCGGGGCGGUUGGGGGGACCAUCCGCUGCCCACAGCCCAGCCACCAGCCCUCCCGCCGCUCCUGCUGGGUCAUGGGAGCCCCAAGUCACGCCACCACCUGGGGCAGGGCCCUGUGGGCCCUCCUCCUGACCACACUUGGCUGCGUGGCCAGCCAGCCGCUGGGGGGAGAGUCUGUCUGCACGGCCCGGCCCCUGGCCAAGUACAGCAUCACCUUCACGGGCAAGUGGAGCCAGACAGCCUUCCCCAAGCAGUACCCCCUGUUCCGGCCCCCCGCACAGUGGUCGUCCCUGCUGGGGGCCGCGCACAGCUCCGACUACAGCUUGUGGCGGAAGAACCAGUACGUCAGCGACGGGCUCCGGGACUUUGCCGAGCGGGGCGAGGCCUGGGCCCUGAUGCGGGAGAUGGAGGCGGCCGGCGAGAAGCUGCAGAGCGUGCACGAGGUGUUCUCGGCGCCCGCCGUGCCCAGCGGCACCGGGCAGACGUCCGCGGAGCUGGAGGCCCACUCGCGGCACUCGCUGGUGUCCUUUGUGGUCCGCAUCGUCCCCAGCCCAGACUGGUUUGUGGGCGUGGACAGUCUGGACCUGUGCGACGGGGACCGCUGGAGGGAGCAGGUGGCGGUGGACCUUUACCCCUACGACGCCGGCACCGACAGCGGCUUUACCUUCUCCUCGCCCAACUUCGCGACCAUCCCGCAGGACACGGUGACGGAGGUGAGGGGCGUCGGAGGCGAGGGGCGACAGCGGCCUCGUCCCUGCCCGCAACACGCGGGUCUGCAGGCGGCUGCUCUUCAGGGAGGAGGGCCUAGGCCGCCCGCCAGGCCCUUCCUGCUGUUUCCCAGACCUUGGGCCGCGCGCCCCCGGAGCCUGCGGGGCCUGGGGGAUUCGACACUGCCCGGCCCAUCGCGCUGUCCCCCCCCCCCAGGUCCCACACCCUGUCACAUCUUCCCCCUGACAGGUGUCCCAUCCACCCUCUCUGAGAGGCAGUCUUGGACCCCGCACGCUCAGACCCCCCACAGAUGA